AUGUCCAAUUUAGUCAGUGGAUUCGAAGGAACCAGCGCUCCUCCCCAAUACUGUUUGAUUUGCUGUGAAGUGGCAGAUGGCCAUCAUUUUGGAGCACCGGCGUGCAGAGCCUGCGCCGCAUUUUUCCGUCGUACUGUCCAAUUGAACAAGAUCCACGAGUGUCCCAAAAACAAUCAAUGUUUUAUUCUAUCAAACGUUCGCAACAUGUGUCGCUCGUGUCGCUAUGAGAAAUGCAUUGAUGUUGGAAUGAAGCGAUCAGCUGUCCAACAAAAGCGUGAUCAACUGGGAAAACGAGAUGGGUUACGAAGUGUGUCAGAGAGUUAUUCGAGUCGAGGAGAUCAGGUUUUGGAUACGAUGAGAAGAGCGUAUGAGCAAUUGUUGGUGGUCAGAAAGGAAGUUCAUAAAAGGACAGAGAAUCAACCCUCCCGUCCAAUAUGCUUCAGUGAGCUUCAAAAUGUGUAUCUCAAAGAAAUGACAAUCGUUUAUCGAUUUCUUUGCGAAGCGUUUCCAGAGUAUUCGGAAUUCUUUCCGGAUACAAAACGAUCUCUUUUUAAGAAUUUCUUCUUGCCAUUCACACUUUUGGAGAACUCUUUCAAUGGGCAUACGUCGAACAAGCAAGACGUAAUGCUAAUCCCUUCCGGCGACUACAUCGAUUUGGAACAUCUCGAAUCCUACUUCACCUCCAACCAUCAAAAAUUCUCGCAAAAAGAGACAAUUUCAAUGUUCGCGCAACAAUUCAAAGUGCUCAGAACCUGUAUCACUCAUCCAUUGCAUUCUGAAAAUGUGGAUAUUUAUGAGUUUCUUGCUCUUUCCGCCAUCAUUUUAUGGGAAUCUGAUCUUGAAGCAGACGUCGAUCGACAGAAUGCUCAAGAGGAAGCGUUUCAGAUGAGGAAUGCCGUGAUUCGCGAUUUGCUAUUCUAUUAUCAAUCGAUGAAUGUUUAUGAUGAUGUCGCAUUGCGCCUGGGAACGAUUUUGUCCAUUUUGCCAUCUAUUCAGUCGCAUAAAAACAAUGAAAAAAUUUCUCGAUUUUCCGAUGAAUUUCAUCGAUUAAUACGAGCCUCUCACCGCUUCCACGAGUACAUGGAAAUCAAGAAUCUGCUCAAUUUGUACGCUCUACCUCAAAACCUCUACGAUAUGUUCUCCCCUGUAUCUUGA